AAGCCUAUCCAAGUCCAUGCUUGGCUCUUGGCUCGCUUGGGCUUAUGUGCUUGUGUUUUGAUUGUUCGCCGCUACAAUUUUGAACAUCAAAUCAAAUGUCACUGGAAGUUCAUGUCCCGAACGGGGUCGGACUCCACAGCACCAAAGGCGAUGAAGUCAUUCGAUCGUUGGCCAGACUGCUUGACAAGAUACAUAUGCUGGAGACAAGGAAACAUGCAGUUCAAGAAUACAGAGACUCUGAUCUCAAUGAGCACAUUGCCCUGGUGGAGGCACAGUGUUCGCUCCUUGAAGAACAGCUAAGGUGUGCGAGGCGAAUGCUUACUUUCUCGAGCAGCCUAAGAGCAUCCCCGGACCCAUACUACGAUGGCAAUUUUAAAGAGCCAUACAGAGUGGACGACGUUGACAGUCACUUCCCGACAAUGAAACCGCAGGACAACUUUGCCUCCCAGUUGGUCUUUGCUGCGAGAAACAUGAGGGGAAAAGAACAUGACUCGGACAUUGGCACGAGUUUAGCAGCAAACACAACAAUGGUUCGUGGGAGUGCAAAACCAAGGCCGCCACCGAAAGUCCGGCGGACAAAGUCUACAUCGGAUGCUGCAUUUACACACCGUACCAGCCAGAGGCCUGACCAGUGCAAGCUAAGCCUUGGUGACAUACCGUUCAUUCUUGGCAAGAGCACCACGGCCAGCCACUCCUUGCCAGCUAACCUUCAAAAUCUGGUCUCGCUCCUCAAGAAGACUCAACCGAUUUCCGACACGAGGAAAGGUGCGGCGGCCGAUUGCAGGCGCCCCAUGCGCUUCGCCAGCGUCGGCUGCCUGCCAAGGAGCAACAGUGACCACAACCUGCACAGGUCCUCUCAACUGGACGGUCCCAGCAAGGAUUUGGUGGACCUACUCUGUCAAGGAGAGCAGCUUUUGCGGCAGCUGCAGCGUCACCAAGUCCCCGGCACCAGGCACUCCCUCAAGUGCCAGUCUCGGCGGCUGAUAGUCAAAAUUGAAGCCAAGCUGAAUGACAUAAAGAGGCAAGAGUUGCAGGGCGUUGCAGUGGAGGAAAGAACUCGCACAUUACCAACAAGGAAAAACGAGGUCACAAAGCCACGAGCGUCGACAUUCGCUGGCACCAGCGGCGAUUUCAACCGCAUCUUUCUGAGAGAGCUGAAGAAAAUACAAGGACGUCUUGAAGAACAAGUAUAAAAAAGAAACUGCUGCACAUUCAUUGCGGGAAAUUGUGCUUGAACAAAGAAGUGUAACCUGAACUGUGCAGAUCCAAUGAAAGUGCCUGUCACAUUAGCACAAA